AUGGGACUACGUGAGUGUCAGUAUCUUCACGAGCCGAUCAACGGCUAUGCAGGAGCAGCAAACUUGGUGCUGAUCGUCCUUCUUCUACCAGCAAUUUCGCUUCUCGGUGUCAUUUUGAAUUUUUUCAACAUUUUCAUUUUUGCGGAGCAGAAAAAUACCGCAGCGAAAUACCUAACAGCACUAUCUUGCAGUGAUGUUGGAGUUUGUAUGGCAGGAAUAUUUGUCAUUUUUUCGGACUCCCUGCGCGCUUAUUCGUUCUUUGUCGAUCAAUUGUUCGUCUUUAUUUUGCCCAUGUUUAUCCCACUCGGUCUUUUCUUCCAGAUGCUUUCUGUAUACAUCACCGUGUUAGCGGCAUUUGAUUGUUUCUAUUCCGUUUAUAGAGGAGAAGAUGGUGAAUUAAAAAGGAACACAUGGGCACCGAGAGUUUUAGCCCUAGUGGUUAUAUCCGUUGCCGCUUAUAAUGCAGUUCAAUUUGGGGAUCUUGAAGCAGUCGAAUGUUUGCAUCCGGAUAAUUAUACGCUCUAUGAGUUGAGCCCUACAGAAUUGCGUAUAAGUGAUGCCUAUGUUGUUAUUUAUAAGGGAUACUUGUAUGCACUAACCAUGGCAAUCCUACCAUUUCUUUUACUAUCAGUGCUCACAAUUUCCAUUUUGAUAAUGCUCCGCAAGAAAGAUCAAAACCCUGAUGAAAAAUCGGAUUGUGGAGAUGAUAACAACCCAAUUGUACUUUUAUUAGUUAUUCUACUUUUUCUCUGCUGCAAUUUGACAUCGCUUAUGGUCAACGUAUUUGAAAUGAUGAAAUACAAAAUGUCGUACGAAGCUGAGGCAGUUCUUAUCGACAUUGGAAACUUCCUUGUUGUGAUCAACGCAACCGCCAACUUUUUUGUUUAUAUGGCUUCGGACCAGGAGUUCCGCAUCUCAUUUUAUCGCCGAAUUCGCCGAAUGUUCCGAUCAAAGCCGAACACGAUGUCCGAACAACGUUUGCGGUUCUUUAAUGGACACUCAAUUGGAAGUAGUCUGUAG